UUAAUUAGUUACUUUUGUUCCUUCUAAAACAAGUGAUAAAUAAAAAAAAUAUCUAUGCAUUGCAUUUACCUUCAAAAUAAAGAGCUCACUUUCGUAAUUUUCCGAAUUGAGUUAUCGACUUUGGAGAAGGACUGACACCUUGAGCACCAUGUGUUUCAAUGUACUGGGCGUGAGCAAUCUUCUACCCGAUUGCAGCAUUGAAAACCAGGUCCAUCUGUACUCUUUGCUGCAGCAACUCCAGAACCAGGAUCGUCGUCCGGAGGAAGUGAGUGACGAGUUGCGGGAUCGCUACAACGUAUUCCGCCAGGUUUUGCCCAACUACCCGGCACCGGAACAGCCAGACGAGGAUCUGCUAAUAUUCGUUGAUGAGUUGUUUCAGGAGCAGCCAGCAAUAUGGGCCUUCACAGACAGAAUCCUGUCUGAAUAGUGAUUCCGAGCAGAUUGGCAUCGGCAUGGACCGCCAUCAUUAGACCACAUUCAUUUAAAAAGUGAAAUUAUGUCUUUGGUUAAGUGUCUGCCAAGUGGUCGGAGUGGCGUUAAAUGUAAUGAAAGUAAAACGCUGCCAUUAAAUGUUCGACAAUAAAAAAGGAAAAUUCGGCAUAAAAUUACAAAACAAUUUGGUGGUCAGUGGUACUGGCAAACACAUACGUAUAUUAAGCAAUUUAAUGUGCGUUUGUCGCGCUUGUUUUCCUGCCUAAAAAACUGGAACCGGCUGGCCGUUUGUCCAGUGAAAUGCGCCAGCUUAUCAAAUCUAAAUGAUCUCAUUCAACAUAUUUUAUUAUUACCCAAAACAAAAUAGAAUGCGAGAAACGUAAGCUAAUCUCACUUAAAUAAUAGCAUACAUCACCAAACAGGGGAAAGUGUAGGCCAAGUGGAGCUUGGAGUGCCCUACCAAAAGGGGGAUACUUUAAAGAAGUGAUAUAAACCAUUAAGUAAUAAGCUAAAAUACUCUGAAGUUCCUGAUACAGAUCAACGUUAUAUCUACCUUGUUUUGUAUAUCAUGUUGUAGGGCAUUCAAUAGUUGCUUAGGCCUAACCCACCGACCCUAAACUCACUUUUACCAAAACGACCACUAAUGGCCAAAACGAGAAAAAAGCACUCAGUGCACUGCGGACGGAUUCACGAGAUCGCUUGCAAUGGACGGACGGAUCCGCAGUUCUGCCAUAGAAAUAUGUAUCUAUCUGAACGGCUGGAGGGUAAAUUACAACCUGGAAAUGGUCGCGAAUCGAGACCAAACUGUCAUAAAAAUCAGUUAAUAACCGCAGCCAAGUAUAUAGAAGUUAAUAUGUGUGCGAUACACUUAUCUGGUUGUGUGAAUACGUAGAUUUUCAUUUUCAUUUGGCCAGAUCGGCCAGUUGGGGCAUCGCCUCGUUUAGUUGACUGAGUUUUGUUCACCUGCACGGUUCGAAUUACCGGAAACCGAAGUUCUGAGCCUUUACCUGCAAAUAGUAUUACUACUUAAAAGUAUAAAGCAUAUAUGCAAAAGUUUAAGAAAAUGCACGCGUUAACAAUACUUUUACCAGUUUUGCAACUAUUGGCAAGCGUUCGAGCGGAAUCGGGAGAAUUCG